AUGCGAGUUGGGUCUCAAGGGCUGAUCUCCAGUUAUAGCUUGAAGCUAGCGGGGACGAUACUACUAGAUCCUUACUUCUGGGGGAAAAAUAUGACAGCCUCAGAGAAAGCAGCCGAUCCAGUAUUAAGGAAGAAGUUGGACCAACUGUGGGGAAUGAUUUGCCCAGAGUCGACGGCCGGGAAUGACGACCCGCGCAUUAAUCCCUUGGCUGCGGGAGCGCCGAGUUUGGCAGAUCUGGGGUGCACGCGAAUGCUGCUGUGCACGUCGGAGAAGGACGUGAUGAGGGAUCGAGCGCUGAUGUACUAUGAGGCGUUGACGAAGGGUAGUGGGUGGCGCGGGACGGCUGAGUUGUAUGAGGCGGCAGGGGAGGAUCAUGAAUACUAUCUGAAUCAUCCAGACAGCAACAGCACUGCUAUGCUCCGUGCCAGAAUCGCAGCCUUCUUGACUUGA